CGGUGCGCGUUUGUUUGGUUGUUGGAGUGGGGCAUGUUUGCGCUGGUCUGAGCGCGCUGGCGGUCGGUGGUAAAAUUCUGUCUCCACUAAAGCAUUGGUCUCGGGGAGUGUGGACCGACACCCCGGAGCCCACAGCGAGGCCUGCCUUGAAAAAUGCUGGAAGCUGGGUGUGGCCCCAGGCGGGGGACCUGUUUUUCCUGUUUCCUGCAGAGUACCCUGCAGCACUGUCCAAGCCUGUGCAUUCAUGAGUGAGGAACCUGAGUGGGCACUGAGCAUCCUGACACGAGAACUUGCUGGUCAGGGCAAUGGCCACAGGCCUGGGCCUCUGGAAUGGCACCAACAAUGACACCUGGGAUGGGGAUGAGCUGGGCUACAAGUGCCGCUUCAAUGAGGACUUCAAGUACGUGCUGCUGCCUGUGUCCUAUGGCGUGGUGUGCGUGCUUGGGCUGAUUCUGAACGUCGCGGUGCUCUAUGUCUUCCUCUGCCGCCUCAAGACAUGGAAUGCCUCCACCACCUAUAUGUUCCACCUGGCCGUGUCAGAUGCACUGUACGCGGCCUCCCUGCCGCUGCUGGUCUAUUACUACGCCCAUGGCGACCACUGGCCCUUCAGCACGGUGCUCUGCAAGCUGGUGCGUUUCCUCUUCUACACCAACCUUUACUGCAGCAUCCUCUUCCUCACAUGCAUAAGCGUGCACCGGUGCCUGGGUGUCCUGCGCCCACUGCGCUCGCUGCGCUGGGGUCGAGCCCGCUACGCCCGGCGGGUGGCAGCCGCCGUGUGGGUGUUGGUGCUGGUCUGCCAAGCCCCCGUGCUUUAUUUCGUCACCACCAGCACACGUGGCAGCCGUAUUACCUGCCACGACACCUCGGCCCCUUCUCUCUUCAACCACUUCUUGGCCUACAUCUCCGUCAUGCUGGGCCUGCUCUUCGCGGUGCCCUUUGCCACCAUCCUGGUCUGCUACGUGCUCAUGGCCCGGCGGCUGCUAAAGCCAGCCUAUGGGACCGCGGGCGGCCUGCCACGGGCCAAGCGCAAGUCGGUGCGCACCAUUGCUGUGGUGCUGGCUGUCUUCGCCCUCUGCUUCCUGCCUUUCCACGUCACCCGCACCCUCUACUAUUCCUUCCGCUCUCUGGACCUCAGCUGCCAUACCCUCAAUGCCAUCAACAUGGCUUACAAGAUCACCCGGCCGCUGGCCAGCGCCAACAGUUGCCUUGACCCCGUGCUCUACUUCCUAGCUGGGCAGAGGCUCGUGCGCUUUGCCCGGGACUCCAAGCCACCCACAGAUCCUGUGCCUGCUGCCCAGGCUAGCCGCAGGCUGGACCUGCACAAAUUUCACAGAACUGACACCAAGACAGAAGACAGGUUGGCCAGCAGUGAGAACUCCAGGCAGACGGAGUCCACGCUGGCUACUGACGGGAACACUAAGGAUAUCAGGCUAUGAGACCUAAACCCCUCCAGCCUGUGCAAGUUUAUAUGAGGGGAACUGCAGGGACGAUGACUCGUUCAAAUGAGAUGGUCUCCCCAGAUGUGGAUCAUCAUGAAUCAUGUGGAUGGUCAGCGGAGCCAUGACCCCAACACUCUGUCACUUGGCAGGGGCUCUGGACAUUCCCUGUGGUCCAGAGAGUUCAACAGUCCCACGGCCCCAUCACCAUGUGUAUGUGUCGAUUGGGAAUAAGGUUUCAAGAAAGGCAAGGGUUCAGGGCCAGUGCCGCCGCUGCCCUGACUCACCCACAUAAAUAGCUGGCUGUGCCUGCCAAGGUACCUAGGCUAGAGCCCAGCUGAACCAAGUCAAAUGGAGAAACAGGCCCAGAGAGGAAAGUGACUUAACCAAGGUCACACAGAGAAGUCUGGGCCUGAGCUACCUGGGAGGGUUGGGGUCUCAGGUUGACUAGAGGACCCUGGUAAGCAGCCAGGCUGAGCCAGAGCUUCCCACAGGGGGUCUGGGGCAGGUCUGGGUGCCACAGUGGACUAAGCAAUGAGGAGUCUCCCAGCCCAAGAGAUGAACAUCUGGAAACUGAUUCAAAAACCCAUCUGGAGGCUCCCAUGGGCUGGGAGCCAGUUUGAGGCUGUAACUUAUACUAAAAGUGUUGU